AUGACCAUGUUUAGUUACGAUGUAAAGUUUUUAACCAACGAAGAAUCUGUCUAUAUAAAAAACAAUGAUUUAAGGAGUUUCAAGUAUGAAACGAAAAAGAAAUUGGAAGAGUCAGUAUAUGAUGUUGGUAAACGUAAUUAUCUACAGCGACGCGGUGGAUACUGGCAGUCACCAAGACCGAGACAACUUCGCCAGUUGGAAUCAAAAAUUCACGACACCAAUAUAGUUUUCAGUCAAUGGACGAGUGAUAAUUGCAUAACAUUAGUGUUUUCAUCUGGUGUCAUAGCCUAUAUAACUGUUAAAUCAAGUACAUUAGAUAUAACACACAUAUUAUUUGAUCGAUACUGUGUUGGAAGACUCAGCGGUUCAACAGUUACCGGUGUUGCAUUCUGCAAAUCACUCUUAUUUCUAACACACACAGAUAAAACUGCAACAUUAAUAACAUUUGGAAAGUGUGUUGAUAAUAACACACCUUGUCAAAUAUCCGAUAGAGAUCCACAUUUACAGUCUAUAGAGCUAGGUGGGAGUGGCCGCAGGACUGAACGCCAUGUGUCCUGGUGUGAAAGUGAUAAUGUCCGUCUGCUAGUGUGGGGCGCCGCUGUCGCUGAACCAGCGCCCUGGAGCCCUAUUAUUGAAGACCAUGCUAACUUGCAUCUAUACCAAGUUACCAGUCAACAGUUCACACUUCUGGCGUACCAUCAGAUUGAGAAUGAAGUGUUGCUAGCGGAACUAUCUCAUAGAAGUGAUAAUAUUAUACACAUUGUGGACCAAACUGCCUGUCAUAAGAACGGCGUAACUCUGUCAUGGGUUCGUUACGACCUCCCCCCUUCUCCGCGCGCCGUGAAGCUCUCGUCGUUACGUGACCGUGUGUCAGGAGUGUCAGAAGUGUCAGGUGUGUCAACUGUGUCAGGAGUGUCAACUGUGUCACGCGCGUCCCUGCCCGCGCCCGCCCGUGUCGCGCGCCGCUCUCCCUGCGAUGCUAGACUAGUUGUUGCCUGCAUCGAUGCCUCUAUACACAUCCUACAUACUACUGGACUCACACAUACAGUUAGAGCAGGAUUUAUAGCUACAGAUGUGAGAUGGGCUGGCGAACUGAUAGUAGCUACUGAGGAAGCCGGGAGGUUGCAAUGCUUUGACCGAGCGCUGACAUUACUACACCAUCACACAAAAUGUUUAGAUCUGACAGCUUACAUGAGAACUUCAAAGCGCGUACAAAUAUUAGCGACGCACGGUAUGAAAGGUGGGCCGCUUAUACUGGCUUCAUUCAAUGGAGGACCCUUAACAAUACUGAGGAUUACUCAUGCAAGGCUAAUAACGGCAUAUAUCCGUUCAAAUCGCAUCCCAAACGCAGUUGCUUUAUUAAGGGCUAUGGAUUGGGAAGAAGAGGGUUCAGAAUGCCUCAACGCUAUGAGUGAUAUAGUGAGAAAUGCUCUGAGGAAGGGAAGUCUCGGGGAAAAUGGUGAAGUCGGUGUCCAGAUAGCGUUAGGAGCUUAUUUGGCACCAACGAAUCCACUACCACUCUCAGCGUCAAAAUACGCGCCCGCCGUACACGAUUUGGCCAGGAAGUUUUUUCACCAUUUGCUCAGGCGUGGUCGCAUCGAAAAAGCGUUAAGUCUAGCUGUGGACCUGGCUGCGUGGGAUCUAUUCGUCGACGCGCGAUGGGCCGCUAAGCGUCAAGGACUACAGCAUCUUGUAGAGGAAGCUUCUUCUUGCGCUACUCAUUACGCCAGAAUGGAACGCCCUGAUUCAGAAUGUUCAGAUUCGUGUUCUCAGUGCAGUUCUUACUCCGGUUCCGACGAUGGGUCGAGCACAUCAUCCAAAGCUGUGCCAACGAAGCCCCCUCCCCUGCCCCGCGUCCCUUUGCCUUCAAACCCAUCAAUACUGACAGUGCCAAAAACACAACACGAACAAUACACUACUAACAGCAUCCGACCAAACCUACAUCAGUAUUUAGAAAGAGACAACACUAUAUGGGGGAAGGAUAUAAAAGACGAUUCAUAUAUCCUGAGUUCAUACAGGAACGUGCAACAGAUAAAUAAUAAUAAUAGAUGGAAUAGCCUAGACGAUGUUCUAAGCGUGCAAAGGAACCCAACAUCUAGUUAUAAAAACCAACAAACUGACAUACAGAGGUCGCACGACGACAGAAUAGCGUCGCAUUUCAAACAUUUAUUCCAAACUGAACUUAAAGAGGAAGCUAAGAUGAAAGACAGAUAUUUACAGAGUAAGAGUAGCGUGAACGGAAGAUACCAAGAGAAUUACUGGCCGGGGCAAGCUAAACCUGAGAAGAACAAAGUCAAGUUUUCGGAUACCGUCACCAUAGCUGUUGUUUCUGAGCCUCCUGUCCCGGACCCAGCUCGUGAACUGGCCGCCAGUCUACCUCUGUGUCCUCCUCACAAAUACCUCUCGGCCUUCGCCCCCUCCGGUACACUCGACUACGUUGAAGUGUAA